AUGGCUACCGAAAACCCUUUAGAGGAUCGCAUCUCCUCUGUCCCAUUCGCAGAGCAAGGCUCCAAAUGGGAUAGUUGUUGGCAAGAGUCCUUAACUCCCUGGGACCGCGGCACCGCUUCCAUUGCCCUCCACGACCUUCUCGCCCAAAGACACGAUCUCGUACCCCCCUCUCAACAUCAGGACCAUCGCGGACAUCCUCUCCGAGACUCCGCAGGUGCUAUUCAGAAAAAAACCGCUCUGGUACCCGGCUGUGGCCGUGGUCAUGACGUGCUUCUCUUGAGCUCGUGGGGCUACGACGUCUGGGGUCUCGAUUACAGCGCUGCUGCAAAGGAGGAGGCUAUCAAGAACCAAAAACAAGCCGAAUCAGAGGGACUCUAUAAGCCCGUUGACGGCUUGGAAAAGGGCAAGAUCAAUUGGGUUACUGGUGAUUUCUUCAAGCAAGAUUGGGCUAAGGAUAUCGGUGACAACGGCAAGUUCGAUCUCAUCUACGAUUAUACGUUCUUGUGCGCUUUACCUCCAGUGGCGCGACCAAGAUGGGCCAAGCGCAUGACGGAGCUGCUUUCACAUGAUGGUCGUCUCGUCUGCCUCGAGUUCCCUUCGACAAAACCCAUGUCCGCAAACGGCCCUCCGUGGGGCGUCUCACCGGAGCUUUACGAAGCCCUUCUGGCAGCUCCUGGUGAGGAAAUCGCAUACAACGACGACGGUACCGUUCACGAGGACCCCUGCUCAAAACCUUGGGCCGACGCCCUACAUCGAUUGAGUCUUCUCAAACCAACAAGGACGCACAAGGCCGGCACGAGUCCAGAAGGCGCAGUGAUGGACUUCCUCUCUGUCUGGAGCCGAUAG